AUGAGCUCGAUCCCUCCCAAGUCAGGCCUCCAACCUCAAGGACAGAGCACCUCGACCCAGGCCGCCUCCUCGCCCGCACAAUCUGCCUCGCCGUCGACGGCGCCUCGUUCCUACGCCAGCGCCACCAAGAAGUCCGCGACGGACUCGACCGCCGCUCCCGUCACCGUGGGCGGCUCGUCGCAACAUGGGAAGUCGACCUCAGCAUCUCCUGUGAGCGGCAAACCCAUGCAGCAAUCCCAAACCCCCGGCGUCACCAUCGUCAAUGGCGCCCCGGCUUCUCAAAGCGAUCACUCCCGCAAGCCUUCGGUGACCAUCACCUCUGCUGGCACCUCCGGAUAUAUUCCCAACGGCGGCCAGACCGGUCGUCCCAACAGUCUGCAGUUCGGCUUCGCCAACCAGCAGUCCUCGCCUAGCAUGGGCAAUCCCGCGUCUUUGGCUACUCAGCCUCAGGCCGGUCUUGGUGUCACUCCGCCCGCGAACCCCCGUGUGACUUCCCCCCAGACUUCGCCAUCCCCUAUUCCUCAACCCGCUUCCAGCGGUGGCCGGCCACCGCCGUCGACCUACCAGGCGCAGGGUAACGUUCCCAACUUUGGCAGCUUUGGCGAUGCUGGCGAUAACCAACAGAUGCGCGCGGCUCCACAGACACCCCUUGGCCCCGGUCCUCAGUCGACCCACCUCCGUCGCGAAUCUUCCCAAUCGACUCACAGCGAUAUGAGCAGUCACAUGGGUAGUGUUCCCGGCCGUGGCGGUUACCCCCAUCAGGGCGGUCGCGGCCGUGGUUAUUCUCAGUCGAGCUAUCAGGGUCAAGUUCCUUACUCCCCAGGUCCCAACUUCCGCACCACUCCCAACCAGGCCCGCGGCGCUCCCAACAUGGGCCCUCAGUUCCACGCCCCUAACCAAGGUCGCCCGCUCGCACCUUUCCCCAACUCUCCUCAUCAAGCGAGCCGCAGCCCCGCCCUUGCAAACGCGCAUCCUGCGACUCCCCAAAUGAACCAGGUUCCCAUGGCACACGCGCAGAUGCCCCCGCAGGCGUACGGUUAUGGACAACCGAUGGGACCCCAAACUGCCUACCCCGGCUACGACCCCGCUGCUUACGGCUACUACCCCCAAGGCUACAUGGGUGGUGUCCAGUAUAUGACUCCCCCGUCCCCGCAACCACGCCCCGGAAUGCCGUUCAACCCCCAGGCCCCGUACAUGCAGAACCAGUACCCUGUUCAGCCUCCCGCCCAAGCCACCUCCCUCUCUCGUACGCCCUCGCAGAUGUCUAAUGACCGCCCUGGGUCUAGCCUUGGCCAGGGCCAGCCCCCUGCUGGUCCUCCCGGCCCUGGCCAUGCUCACACCGGAAGCCGUACGUCGAACAGCCCCGCUCCUGCGAAGACGCCGUUCGUCAUCCCUGCCAAGAAGAGCCCGAUCAUCAUCAAGGACCCCGGUAGCGGCGUCGUAAAGACGUUUGAAAAGGCUCCUGCCUCCCCGGCUCGUAUCGCCCCGUCCCCUGUUAAGAUUGCGACUCCCACUUCGACUCCUCCCCCUCGCACCGGCAGCAGCGCCGACCACACUCGCACCGAGUCCAAGUCUACCAAGACCGACGAGGAGAAGAAGAAGGAGUUGAAGGACGCUGUCCGCCAGAAGAUCGAACAGGAAGAGGCUGAGCAGCGCCGCAAGGCCGAAGAGGAGGCCGCCGCUGCCCAGCGCAAGAAGGACGAGGAGGAGGCCGCUCGCCAAAAGGAGGAAGAAGAGGCCGCCCGUAAGCAGCAGCAGGAGGAGGAAGAGGCUGCCAAGAAGGCUGCUGAUGAGGAGGCCGCCCGCAAGAAGAUUGAGGAGCUGAGCUUGAAGGAUAAGCCAGAGGAGACCAAGGCGGAAGAGCCCGCUAAGCCUGCUGAGUCCGCUCCUGCUCCCGCGCCCGCUCCUGCUGAUGACGAUGACAUCGAUUACGAUGCCAUUGAGCGCGAGAUGGCCGAAAUCGAGGCCAAGGAGCGCGAGGCCGAGGCUGCCUACUACGCCAAGAAGCAAGCCGAGAAGGAGGCGAAGGAGCGCAAGGAGAAGGAGGAGCGCGAGACGUGGGAAGCCAACAUGAAGCAGGCUGAGCGUGAGGCCGAGGCUCUUGAGGAAGCCAAGGCUAAGAAGCGUGAAGCCGGCGCUGUCACCGACGAGGAUCAAAAGAAGAAGGAUCUUUUCGCCUCGUUGAAGAAGGGUGGUUUCUCUGCAACCGAGACUAGCACCGAGAGCGGCACCGCUACGCCCGCCUCUGAUAUGGGUCCUCCUGCCAAGCCCGCCAGUGCUCUCAAGCAGAAGCCUGCUGCUCUCAAGCUGGAGACCAGCAAGGCGGUUGAGCCUCCUCAGCCCAGCGCUGCCAUGAAGUCUCUGCACUCGGCUCGCCUGAUCGAGGAUCUCAGCAAGAUCACUUACCCCGAGUCCAUUGCUUCUCCCAACCCUGCCCUGAAUGCCAACGCUCCUACCGAUCGCAAGUUCCACUACAACAAGGAGUUCUUGCUUCAGUUCCAGAAUGUGUUCAAGGAGAAGCCCUCGAUUGAUUGGGACUUGCGCGUGCGUGAGACCGUCGGUGACAGUGACUCGUCCCGUCCCCAGUCGGCCCGCACCCCGAUGGCCAGCGGCCGCCAGAGCUCUCGCCCCGGCAUCGGUCAGGGCUUCCCCGGAAUGGGUAACUUCGGCCAGCCCGGCAACCGCAACAGCCUGCCUCCAGGCACUACUUCCGAGCAGCGCUUUGCUAUGUCUCGCCAAGCCUCCGCUGUUGGCAACCCCUUCGGCUCCUUUGGUCGCGGUCUGAGCGUUGGUGGCGCCAUCGGCCGCACCAACUCUAGCCCUAUGCAUCCUGGCAUGCCCUCGCCUCGUCCCGGCUCUGGCCGCUCCGGUACUCGCAACAGCAGCAAGCGCGACAAGCAGCAGGCCAAGAAGGAGGAGGACAUGGCCAAGUCCAUGCCUCUCACCGCUGGCAAGGAGGUCGAGGCCCUCCAGGUCUCCACCACCGGAUGGAAGCCCCGCAGUCUCGGUCAGACUACCACUGCUGGUCCUACUCCUGCUGGCUCGACUCACAUGCCUCCUGAUGUGGUGCAGCGUAAGGUGAAGGCUGCCUUGAACAAGAUGACGCCCGAGAACUUCGAUCGUAUCUCUGGCCAGAUCUUGGAGAUUGUUUCCCAAUCCAAGGACGAAUCGGAUGGACGCACCCUGCGCCAGGUCAUCCAGCUUACUUUCGAGAAGGCUACUGACGAGGCCCACUGGGCUUCCAUCUACGCCAAGUUCUGCAAGAGUAUGCUGGAGAGCAUGAGCCCCGAGAUCAAGGACGAGAACAUCCACGACAAGAACGGCAACGUCGUCGCUGGUGGCAGUCUGUUCCGCAAGUACCUCCUCAACCGUUGUCAAGAGGAGUUCGAGCGUGGUUGGAAGGUCAACCUGCCUCCUAAGCCUGAAGGCCAGACGGAGGAAGCUGCUAUGAUGUCUGAUGAGUACUAUAAGGCCGCUGCUGCCAAGCGUCGUGGUCUUGGUCUCGUCAAGUUCAUUGGUGAGCUGUACAAGCUGGGCAUGUUGACUGAGCGUAUCAUGCACGAGUGUGUGAAGAAGCUUGUCGAUUAUGAGGGUAUGCCCGAUGAGGCCGAGGUUGAGAGUUUGACCAGCCUCCUGCGCACCAUCGGUGCUAGCCUCGACGCCUCGGAGCGUGGACACGCGAUGAUGGAUGCAUACUUCCACCGCAUCAGCCUUAUGAUGCAGACUCCUGAUUUGCCCAGCAGAUUGCGCUUCAUGUUGAUGGAUAUCAUCGACCUGCGUAAUGCUCGCUGGCACUCCAAGGAUGCCGAUAAGGGACCCAAGACUAUCCAGCAGAUUCGUGAAGAGGCUGCUCGCGCCCAACAAGAGGCCGAGAUGGAGCGUCUUCGCCAGCAGGCCAACCGCGGCAGCCGCCCGGGACUGGGUCGUGGUGACGCCCGCAGCUACAGCAACUACGGCAACCAAGCUCCUCCCCAGGACUUUGCCUCGAGCAAGGUCGGCAGUGACGAUCUCCGCCGUCUGCGGACGACCCGCAACACCAACCAGCCGAUGUCUUUCGGACCCUCUAGCAUGCUGGGAUCUCGCAGCAACAGCGGACGGAAGAACCUUGGCCCUGGUGGCAACCUGGUUCGUGGUAGUGAUGAUAGUGCUGCUAGCAGCCGGACUGGCACUCCCCCUGUCGGCAAGAAGGAGGAAGUUACUUCGAUCAACGCUUUCAGUGCUCUGGCUGCCUUGGAAGACCGGGAUAACAUGGCCACCUCCCCGCCAUCGAACCCUACCUCCCCUCUGCUGACCAAAUCGCAACCCGCGGUUGAGCGCCGACCCUCCAAGACUCCCUCUACUGCCGGCGAGGAAGCCUCAUAG